AACGUCGCGAAAGACAUUCCGUGACGCCUUUUUGCGAGAAAAUCCGGAAAAAUUCUCGAAAAAACAAAGAAAAUCACGAAAAAAAUAUUUUUUAGUGAAUGACAAAAAAAAAUUGAGUGUAGAUAAAUUUUUUGCAAAAAAAACUCAGAAAAUUAGUGAAUAAUUUUUACUAAAAGGAUAAACGGUCUUAAAAAAUAAUUUUAAUGUAAUUUACUGGAUUAACCUAAAUUUAAGAUAAUUAUUAUACAACUUUGAAUCAUCAUCAGUGUAUCUAUCUACUACAUUAGAAUAAGGAAAAAUUAAAAAGUGAAUUUUAUAGAAAAUAAAAAAAAAUACAAAAGAGAAAAAUUAAAUCCCAUCAAUUUUUGAAUCACGUCUCUCAGUAUUAAUUAUGUAAAAAAAAUUAUGAAAAAUAAAUGAAAAAUUAAAUUUAAAUAUAAGAUAAAAAGAAAAAAAAAUCUCAAUUAAAAAAAGUGUUAAGUGACAAAAAGAAAAUGAAGAAGCACGACGCCGCUGUGAGAAUGCGGCAGUCGGGUAUCUCGCGUUGCAAACACAAAGCACCCAUCAUAGCCAUAGCGUUGUGCGUGCUAAUAAACACUUCGACGGCAUUGCAUAGCAACAACAUCCACAAUCAUCAUCAUCGCGAGCACAAUAUACAUCUUGCGGAAGACAUUUUGUCAAGUAGCGCGCAACAACGCCAUCUCACAUCUAGACUAAAUAGUAAUAGUAACAAUAAUAAUAAUGAAAAUUACGACUCAACGAAUAGUGUUUUAUCUCUAGUCCUUCCACACGACACAUAUCCCGGUUAUAGUAUUAAAAAGUUUAGCAGUAAUUACACGGCGCCCGCCAUUUUGGAAGGAUUCCCGUCAGAGGGCGCUGCAGUAACUGCACAUGCAGCGACAUUCCGCAUGAUGGACGGCGAAUUCGCAAAGUACUUUACCGUGUUAGAAGAUGGCACAGUAAUGACAACUUCUGAUCUGUCGCCGCUCGUUAAUCGUCCCGUGCAUUUGACAAUUUUGGAAGAAACCCCUCUGUACUCGCAAAAACAUCAAUUGCAACUUUUCGUCAUGGACAAGAAGGAUAUGUUACGUUUUCCCGGAGCAACGCUCGAAACUCUCGGCGAAGUUCAGGAAAAUGCAAAGAAAGGAACUCGCAUUCACGGAGCUCCUCUUUUGCAGGCAAAUAGCGUAAGCGGCGUCAAACCUAUUGACUAUACGAUCACAAGCGGCAACGAAAAUGGCGACUUUGCUUUGGAAAAUAGCAAAACGGGCGAGAUAAAGACAAAUAUCACAGUCUAUGACGUAAAGAAAACCGGAGUAUGGCUCGUUACAAAUCGCCCUCUUGAUCGCGAACUCAAAAAGGAACAUCUCGUAGUUAUUCAUGCCACAGACGAAGAAGGCAUUAACAUCGCAGAAGCUCGCAUUACGGUAAAAGUUCUCGAUGAAAACGAUAAUCGCCCGCUUUUCACGCAAGCCGAUUAUCGUUUUAUCGUGCCGGGAGUUCAAACGAUCGACAGUAACGGAAAUUCGACAGUCACGUGGGAAAGAUUCACAAAGAUCGGCAAAGUUGAGGCGAAAGAUGCAGAUGGCGACAAAAUCGCUUAUAAACUUAAGACGCCCAACAAUUAUAUCGUCAUUGUACCUCAAACGGGCGAACUUCUUCUCGCGAGUGAACCAGAAAAAACCGAACUCACGUUAGAAGUUGAAGCUCAUGACAUUCGAACGCCAUCUUUGACAAGUCCCAAACCAGCUGUCAUUGCAAUUGAAUUUGUCGCGCCGCAACCUGUCAUUGUGCAACACAUGUCGCACGAGAUGUCGCAUCAACAUUCGCAUCGGCGUGACAAACGUCGCGUAACGCGAGCUGUUCGCCCAACAAAACGCGUUGACUUUACCGAAGCGGAUGGCGACACGGAAGGUCGCGUUGUUUUCAACUUGGAAAAGGAAACUGAUCGGGAAACGUUCAAAAUUCGCGAUGAAAAUCCAUGGGUUACGGUUGAAACGAACGGAGCUGUUCGUGUUAAGAAAAAGUGGGAUUUUGAAGAAUUAGGAGCAGAAAAAACCAUCGACUUUUGGGUUAUAAUUACCAAUCAAGGAGGACAUGGCGGAGGCCUAAAAUACACCGACAAUCAACGCGUAAUAAUUCUCGUGAAGGAUGUCAACGACGAACCACCGUACUUCAUUAAUCGUCCCCUACCGAUGCAGGCUGUCGUUCAACUCAAUGCCCCGCCGAAUACCCCAGUUUUUACUCUGCAAGCUCGCGAUCCUGACACCGAUCACAAUAUCCAUUACUUUAUUGUGCGCGAUCGUACCGGAGGUCGUUUCGAAGUUGACGAACGUUCGGGCGUUGUUCGCACGCGAGGUACAGAUUUGUUCCAGUUGGAUAUGGAAUACGUGUUGUAUGUGAAAGCCGAAGAUCAAAAUGGCAAAGUUGAUGAUCGGAGAUUCCAAAGUACGCCGGAAGAGCGAUUGUCGAUUGUAGGAGGAAAACGUGCGCCGCAAUUUUAUAUGCCGAGUUAUGAGGCGGAGAUUCCUGAAAAUCAGAAAAAGGAUUCAGACAUCAUUUCUGUGAAAGCAAAAUCCUUCGCUGAUCGUGAAAUCCGCUACACUCUCAAGGCACAAGGACAAGGCGCAGGAACAUUCAACAUCGGUCCAACUUCAGGCAUCGUCAAACUCGCCAAAGAGCUCGACUUUGAAGAUUUACGCCAACCUCACGUUUAUUCGUUGGUCGUCACGGCAACUGAAGAUUCCGGUGGCUUCUCAACUUCUGUCGAACUCACAAUUCGCGUUACUGACGUCAACGACAAUGCCCCAAAAUUCGAAUUGCCCGACUAUCAAGCGCACAACGUCGACGAAGACAUUCCUCUGGGCACGAGUAUUCUCAAGGUCAAAGCCAUGGAUUCAGAUUCCGGUUCAAAUGCCGAAAUCGAGUAUCUUGUGUCAGAUGAUCAUUUUGCCGUUGAUUCGAGCGGAAUUAUCGUAAACAACAAACAAUUGGAUGCCGACAACAACAACGCUUACUACGAAUUUGUCGUCACAGCAAAAGACAAAGGCGAACCUUCGAAGACAGGCACAGCCACAGUUCGAGUUUACACGAAAAAUAAAAACGACGAAGAACCGAAAUUCUCGCAGCAAGUUUACACGCCGAACGUUGAUGAAAAUGCGGGGCCAAAUACGCUCGUAACGACGGUAGUUGCUUCCGACAAAGACGGCGACAAUGUUCGUUUCGGUUUUGUGGGCGGCGGUACGAAUUCCGGGCAGUUUGUUAUUGAAGAAAUUACGGGUGUCAUUCGGUUACACAGCAAAGCCAUUUCUUUGGACAGGGACAAGUACGAAUUGAAUGUCACGGCAUUGGAUGAUGGGUCGUGUUGCGUAAACGGAGAUCAAACCAUCCACACAUCGACAGCAGUUGUUGUUGUUUUCAUCACUGACGUCAACGAUAACAAGCCCGUGUUCAAGGAUUGCGGCACUUAUUACCCCAAAGUUGAGGAGGGCGCUCCCAAUGGAAGUCCCGUGAUCAAAGUUCAAGCCACAGACGAAGACAAGGGCGUUAACGGGCAAGUCAAGUACUCGAUUGUGCAACAACCCAAUCAAAAAGGCACCAAAUUCACGGUUGACGAGGAAACGGGCGAAGUUUCCACGAACAAAGUUUUCGAUCGUGAAGGAGAUGACGGAAAAUUUGUGUCUGUAACGGUUAAGGCGACAGAUCAGGGUGAACCCAGUUUGGAAGGUGUUUGCUCAUUUACUGUUGAAAUUACUGAUGUUAAUGACAAUCCUCCGUUGUUCGAUCGUCAAAAAUACGUCGAAAACGUGAAACAAGAUGCAAGUAUCGGAACAAAUAUUCUCCGUGUAUCUGCCUCUGAUGAAGAUGCUGACAAUAAUGGCGCCAUUGUGUAUACUUUGAGUGCUCCAUUUAACCCCGAAGACAUUCAAUAUUUCGAUAUUCAACCGGAAUCUGGAUGGAUUAUACUUAAAAAGGCCCUUGAUAAAGAAACGUAUAAACUCGAAGCAAUGGCACAAGAUAAAGGUUAUCCGCCGUUACAACGUACCGUAGAAGUACAAAUCGAUGUAGUUGAUCGUGCUAAUAAUCCGCCAGUAUGGGAUCAAGUUGUUUAUGGUCCAAUUUAUGUUAAGGAAAAUAUGCCUGUUGGAGGAAAAGUUGCUUCAAUUAAAGCCAGCUCUGGAAUCGAGAACAAUCCGACAGUUUUCUAUCGCUUAAUGCCCGGUUCGACGGCGCAAACCAACAAAUUUCACACGUUUUAUCUGCAACAACGGCCUGACAAUGGCGAUACGUGGGCCGACAUAAAAGUGAAUCAUCCGCUCGAUUUUGAGACCAUAAAGGAGUAUAAUUUAACAGUUCGUGUUGAGAACAACGGCGCACAACAAUUGGCCUCUGAAGCAACGGUCUACAUCAUGCUGGAAGACGUAAACGACGAAAUUCCAUUAUUUACCGAGCGUGAACAAGAAACUGUGCUCGAAGGCGAACCAGUUGGCACAAAAGUAACGCAAGUGAAUGCCAUCGACAAGGACGGCACUUUCCCGAAUAAUCAGGUGUACUAUUAUGUCGUCGACUCGCCACGUAACGAAGGCAAAGAUUAUUUCGAGAUUAAUUUGCAAAGCGGCGAGAUUUUCACAAAAGUCGUGUUCGAUCGUGAAAAGCAAGGAGCAUACGCAUUGGAAGUCGAGGCAAGAGACGGCGCACCAUCCGCUCGUCCCAACAGCAAUCAACAACCCAAUUCAGUCACAAAAUUCAUCCGUAUUGGCAUUGCUGAUAAGAACGACAAUCCUCCGUAUUUUGACAAGGCAUUGUACGAAGCAGAAGUCGACGAGAACGAGGAUAUUCAGCAUACAGUAUUGACAGUCACUGCAAAGGAUCACGAUGAAUCUUCACGUAUUCGUUAUGAAAUCACGAGUGGCAACAUUGGCGGCGCAUUUGCCGUGAAAAAUAUGACCGGUGCAAUUUAUGUUGCUGGCGCUCUCGACUACGAGACACGGAAACGGUACGAACUCCGCUUAGCUGCCUCCGAUAACUUGAAAGAAAAUUACACGACAGUCGUGAUUCACGUCAAAGAUGUCAAUGACAAUCCGCCCGUUUUUGAAAGACCCACGUAUCGUACGCAAAUUACCGAAGAGGAUGACCGCAAUUUGCCCAAGCGUGUCUUGCAGGUCACAGCAACAGACGGCGACAAAGAUCGACCUCAGAACAUUGUCUACUUCUUGACCGGGCAGGGUAUUGAUCCCGAUAAUCCAGCCAACAGCAAAUUCGACAUAAAUCGCACGACAGGCGAGAUUUUCGUGCUAAAGCCAUUGGAUCGCGAUCAACCAAAUGGGCGCCCUCAAUGGAGAUUUACCGUGUUUGCUCAAGAUGAAGGCGGCGAAGGUUUAGUCGGAUAUGCUGAUGUUCAAGUCAACUUGAAAGACAUCAACGACAAUGCUCCUCUAUUCCCGCAAGGAGUUUACUUCGGAAAUGUCACUGAAAACGGAACAGCUGGUAUGGUAGUAAUGACAAUGACAGCUGUCGACUAUGACGAUCCAAAUGAAGGCACAAACGCAAAACUUGUCUAUUCUAUCGAGAAAAAUGUCAUUGAAGAAGAAACUGGAUCUCCCAUCUUCGAAAUUGAACCUGAUACGGGUGUCAUUAAAACUGCUGUUUGUUGCUUGGAUCGCGAACGUACGCCGGAUUAUUCGAUACAGGUCGUUGCAAUGGAUGGAGGCGGGCUGAAAGGUACGGGCACGGCAAGUAUACGUGUCAAAGAUAUCAACGAUAUGCCGCCGCAAUUCACGAAAGACGAAUGGUUUACGGAAGUUGACGAAACAGAUGGCACCAACUUACCUGAGAUGCCCAUCUUGACAGUUACGGUUCACGACGAAGAUGAAACAAACAAAUUCCAAUACAAAGUUAUCGAUAACUCCGGAUAUGGCGCUGAUAAAUUCACGAUGGUACGAAAUAAUGAUGGCACGGGAAGCUUGAAGAUUGUUCAACCUCUCGACUAUGAAGAUCAACUUCAAAGCAAUGGAUUUAGAUUCCGCAUUCAAGUCAAUGACAAAGGCGAAGAUAAUGACAACGACAAAUAUCAUGUUGCUUACUCAUGGGUUGUGGUUAAACUACGAGACAUCAACGACAAUAAACCUCAAUUUGAUCGGCCUAACAUUGAAGUUUCUGUUCCCGAAAAUGAAGGAGUUGGCAAAGCCUUGGAAACAUUCAAAGCGAAAGAUCCUGAUCAGGGAGGAAAAAGUCGCGUAUCAUACGCUAUUGAUCGUACUUCAGAUCGUCAACGUCAAUUCUCCAUAAACCAAGAAGGAACUGUUACAAUUCAAAGAUCGCUUGAUCGUGAAGUUACGCCGAGACAUCAAGUUAAGAUCCUCGCAAUUGACGAUGGCGUUCCUCCGAAAACAGCUACUGCAACCUUGACAGUUGUUGUACUCGAUAUCAAUGACAAUGCUCCGAAAUUCUUGAAAGAUUAUCGUCCUGUCUUGCCUGAACAUGUACCGCCAAGAAAAGUUGUUGAAAUCCUCGCUACUGAUGACGAUGAUCGUUCAAAGAGUAAUGGACCUCCAUUCCAAUUCCGUCUUGACCCUGGAGCGGAUGAUAUUAUUCGUGCAUCGUUCAAAGUUGAACAAGAUCAAAAAGGCGCUAAUGGAGAUGGUAUGGCAAUUGUAUCUUCUCUCCGUUCAUUUGAUCGUGAACAACAAAAGGAAUAUUUGAUUCCAAUUGUUAUCAAAGAUCACGGAAAUCCAGCAAUGACAGGUACGAGCACAUUGACAGUUGUUAUUGGCGACGUGAAUGACAACAAAAUGCAACCUGGGGCAAAAGAUAUUUUCUGUUACAACUAUCAAGGUCAAGCUCCGGAUACACAAAUUGGUCGAGUUUACGUUUAUGACUUGGAUGAUUGGGAUUUGCCAGAUAAGAAAUUCUAUUGGGAUGGUCCCGAACAUCCGAGAUUCAAGUUGGAUGAAGAUACGGGCAUGAUAACGAUGCGACAAGGCACACGUGAGGGACGCUAUCAUUUACGCUUCAAAGUUUACGAUCGAAAACAUACACAAACGGAUGUUCCUGCAAAUGUUACGAUCACGGUGAAGGAAAUUCCGCACGAAGCAGUGAUAAAUUCAGGAUCAAUUCGAAUCGCAGGUAUCACAGAUGAAGAUUUCAUUCGUGUUUGGAAUUAUCGUACCCAAAGCUUGUCACGCAGCAAAGCAGAUCGCUUCAAAGAUAAACUCGCUGAUUUGUUAAACGCUUCUCCUGAAAAUGUUGAUGUCUUCAGUGUUCAAUUACGUCGUAAACAUCCGCCUCUAACAGAUGUACGAUUCUCGGCGCAUGGAUCUCCUUACUAUAAACCUGUUAGACUUAAUGGUAUAGUUCUCAUGCAUCGCGAAGAAAUCGAAAAAGAUGUUGGAAUCAACAUCACAAUGGUUGGUAUCGACGAAUGCUUAUACGAGAAUCACAAUUGUGAAGGAUCUUGUUCAAAUACUUUGGAUAUCAGUUCGUUACCAUACAUGGUUAAUGCAAAUAAAACAGCUCUGGUUGGAGUUCGAGUAGAUGUUCUUGCAGAAUGCACUUGUGCUGCUCGUAACUUCAGUAAAGCUGAAUCUUGUCGAUCAUCGCCAUGCUAUAACGGAGGAAGAUGUAUCGAAACGAGAUAUGGAUUGACAUGUCAAUGUCCCGCAGGAUAUACAGGCCCAAGAUGUCAACAAACAACAAGAAGCUUCCGUGGCAAUGGAUGGGCAUGGUAUCCUCCGCUUGAGAUGUGUGACAAUUCUCAUUUAAGUUUUGAAUUCAUUACACGCCAACCUAACGGAAUGAUUUUGUACAAUGGUCCAAUUGUUCCUCCUGAACGUGAUGAGAUCCUUGUUUCUGAUUUCAUUGCUGUUGAAUUGGAGAAAGGUUAUCCUCGAUUGCUGAUUGAUUUCGGAUCAGGAACUCUCGAACUCAAGAUAACUACAAAGAAAAAGUUGGAUGAUGGCGAAUGGCAUCGAAUUGACAUCUUUUGGGAUACAGAAAAUGUUCGCAUGGUUGUUGAUUAUUGCAAAUCUGCUGAAGUUGCUGAGAUGGAAGAUGGUUCAGCGCCUGAAUUUGACGCUGUUUCAUGUCAAGCUCAAGGUACAAUUCCUCCAUUCAACGAAUACCUGAACGUAAACUCACCAUUGCAAAUUGGAGGUUUGUAUCGUGAACAAUUCGAUCCAACUCACUUCAAAUGGCAAUACAUGCCCAAUGGAAAAGGAUUCGACGGAUGCAUCAAAAACUUGAUUCACAACAGUAAACUGUACGAUCUUGCACAUCCCGGAUUAUCUCGCAAUAGUAACCAUGGAUGCCCUCAAACGGAAGAGGUUUGUAGUCAAAGUGAACAAACCGCAAGAUGUUGGGAACACGGAAAUUGCGUUGGAAGUUUCACUGAAGCUCGUUGUCAAUGUCGCCCUGGAUGGACAGGACCUGCUUGCAAUAUCCAAACUAUCCCAACAACCUUCAAGCAACAAAGUUACGUGAAAUACGCAUUGAGCUUUGAACCUGAUCGCUUCAGUACAUUGAUUCAACUUCGUUUCCGUACGCGUGAACAACAUGGCGAACUUUUCCGUGUCAGCGAUCAACAUAAUCGCGAAUACGGAAUUUUGGAAAUCAAAGAAGCUCGUUUGCAUUUCCGUUAUAACCUGAACUCAUUGAGAACGGAAGAGAAGGAAAUUUGGUUGGCAUCUAUUACUGUCGAUGAUGGACAAUGGCACGUUGUUCGUGUGAAUCGACAUGGAUCAACAGCUACGUUAGAACUGGAUGGCGGCGAAGGUCGACGAUACAAUGAAACGUUCUUGUUCGAAGGUCAUCAAUGGUUACUCGUAGAUAAACAAGAGGGCGUGUAUGCCGGAGGCAAGGCAGAAUACACGGGCGUACGAACGUUCGAAGUGUAUGCUGAUUACCAAAAAUCCUGCUUGGAUGAUAUUCGACUUGAAGGAAAACAUUUGCCAUUGCCUCCCGCAAUGAAUGGCACUCAAUGGGGGCAAGCAACAAUGGCACGCAACCUCGAACGUGGAUGUCCAUCGAACAAACCAUGUGCAAAUGUUAUUUGUCCAGAGCCAUUUGAGUGUGUUGAUUUAUGGAACGAAUAUGAAUGCACUUGCGGUGAAGGUCGCAUAAUGUCAACAGAUGGCAAGGGUUGUACGGACCGUAAUGAAUGCUUGGAUUUGCCAUGUUUGAAUGGCGGCACUUGUAUCAACGAAGAGCCGCAUUUGCGUUAUCGCUGCAUCUGCCCCGACGGGUAUUGGGGCGAAAAUUGCGAGCUCAUUCAAGAAGGUCAAACACUAAAAUUGAGCAUGGGAGCUUUGGCAGCUAUUUUAGUGUGUCUACUUGUGAUUCUAAUUUUGGUGCUCGUGUUUGUCGUGUACAAUCGACGACGCGAAUCACACAUCAAGUAUCCCGGACCGGAUGAUGAUGUACGAGAAAAUAUUAUCAAUUACGAUGAUGAAGGAGGCGGCGAAGACGACAUGACAGCUUUUGACAUUACGCCGUUGCAAAUUCCAAUUGGUGGCCCGAUGCCGGAACUAACGCAAUGUAAAAUGCCGCCGAUUAUGUAUCCUGUGAUGACAAUGGGUCCCGGACAGGAACCAAAUGUCGGCAUGUUCAUCGACGAGCACAAGAAACGCGCUGAUAGCGAUCCAAAUGCUCCUCCCUUCGACGAUUUACGAAACUACGCUUAUGAAGGAGGCGGCAGUACUGCAGGAUCUCUCAGCUCUUUGCAAUCAGGCACUGACGAUGAACAACAAGACUACAAUUAUUUGGGAGCAUGGGGCCCACGCUUCGACAAGUUACACAACAUGUAUGGCAACGAGCAUCAUACAGACUUGGACUUAGAUUUACAUUAAAUCACUCAUCCCUGAAAAAAAAACAAAAAAAAAAACAUAUUUUAAUUUUUAAGCAAAAAGUACGUAACUUCAUCGAAUGAUAGAAAAAUAUUCUAAGCAGAAACGAGGAUUUUACCAAAAAAAAAAAUCGGAUAACCGCCAGUAAUUUUUUUAGUUUUUAGUUUUUGUACAAAGAUAAGGACAAAAAGUCAUAAAUUAGAUGCAAUUUUAAAUAAACAGCGUUAAAGACGGUCAAUCAAUGUAUGUACAGAUCAGCGUGAAAUUCAGACCAGAAACCAACCAGCUGGUAGCAUAAACCAAAAAUUAGAUUUUUAAAAUAAAAAAUUCUUUUGUUUUAUAUUUAUGUAGAGUGUUAUAGUAAUAUAUUAAGGAAACCCGCUAUUGAAACAAGAAAAAAUCUUUAGAUACAUUUUAAUG